GUCAACUCUCUCACUUCAUUCCUUAAAAUAACAAGAAAAAUUAGGGAAGAGAAGUAUUUGGGUUAUGGGCUAAGAGAGAAUCCAAAGAAUAGUUGUAAGAUUGUAGAUCCUAAGUUUUUGGAUGGUGCUAGGUCAGUGGUAGUACAUGACAGGGAAAGUGAAACUGAGUCAACAAAGAAGCCAACUCGGAGGAGAUCGAAGAGAAACAGAAGACUGUUCAUAUCAAAAGAAGCAAUGGAAGUGAAAAAGGAGAAAUCCACUAAAUUUGAACCAGAACCAAAACCAGUGAGUUCAUUUUCCGAUACUUUCCCUGAAGAAGACAUUGUUAUUUUUCUAAUGAUGCUUUCUAAAGAUGUAUGGAGAAGUUCAUAUGAGUCUGACGAGUCAAAAUUUAGAAAUAAAAAACAAGGGGAGUACCAAUAUGAGAUUUGUAACAAAGUGUUAAAUUCAUUUCAAGCUUUAGGCAGUCAAAAAACAAUUCACAAGAAGAACAACUCUUACAUUGAAGACCAAAACGAGGGGAUCAAGUCAAAAGAAAAUUCGAGACAAUUGAGAUUGAAGAAUGUGGAUCAGAAAGUGCAUGAAUAUCCGUGAUACGGUGUCCAUCUCAUUCAAAUGAUUUGGUAGCCAAUUUUGUUGAUUUGGUUUGGUUUGGUAGCCAACCUUGUUGAAUUUGUAUAAUUUGGUAGCCAAUUUUAU